AUGACAGGCGCAACUGAAAUUGGCGUUGCCAAGGCGACACGCGAGGAGAUGAGCGAGGCCAAACUCCCGCUUGCAUACCGAGACAGCUGCGCAAACCUCCUUAUCCCCCUUAACCGAUGCCGCUUCGAAACAUACUAUCUCCCGUGGAAGUGCGAGACCGAGAGACACAGCUACGAGAAGUGCCAGUACCUGGAGUUCAAAAAGCGGGUUGCAAAGAUGGACGAGCUACGGGAAGCUGCGAAAAACAACUGA